AUGUUCUCUUCCUCGAUCCGUAUGGCGCAGGAUAACCCGUUCGAGUCGCUCCCUGUCGAGCUCAUCGCCGAUAUCCUCGCCGAGCUCGACCUUUCGUCCCUCAUCACCGUCUCCUAUCUCUCCCACCGCCUCCGCGCAGUCGCCUCCGAGCCCUCCCUCAACCCCUGGCGCCGCCCUAUCUUGCGCACCCUCCGCAGCCCGCUGCCUACGUAUGACCCCGGUCUUAAGAACCUUAGCGUGCGCUCGGUGGUCCCCCGCCACAACUUUGUCGAGAUCCUCGCCCUUGCGCGCGCGCAUUACCUGCUCUUCGACGCGACGCUACCCAACCUGAAAGAGGGUGAAUGGGAGGAAUGCUUCCGCCGGCGGUUCCUCCCAUCAUGGACAAAGGCGAAGAAGGACGAUAUGCUGUGGAAGGAGGCGUUCAUGAAGGUACUUUUCCGCGUAUGGCACCGCAUCAACACGUCCUGCACUGCAGACGAAGCGUGGACAAAGUAUUUGGUUCUCAACCGUAAUGGCACCGCAAAUCAACUUGAUUCAGUAUCUCGGAAUUACAGCCCAAUCACCAUUUUUGAGCAGCUGAGGAUACAAAGUGAUCUGAUGCAUCUUCCUCCCAGUGUCCGGGUGCUAGUUGAGUUUGCCGACGUCCGUAUAUUAGCCUUUGGUGUUUUGAGUAAGCCCAAGACCAUUUUCGGUGUCAACCCAAACGCUCGCCAGCUGCUACACCCGCCAGGGGUCGAGAAUUUUCAGGUGGUGGAUCAUCCAGAUAUCGAAAUCGCCUCUCAGUCGUCCGAGAGCGCGUCCGACAUAUCCAUCGAGCGGUUGUAUCCUUCGCGACGAGUCGGUCUGAAUGAUAUCUAUCAGCGCCUCACGCACCCCUUGCCUGUUCUUGCGUUCGAGAAUUAUCCUUUCUACACACCAGGUGGCGCAGAUAAGCGGUGGUCGCGUUCUAGUGCCCUCGACCAGGGUGAGAUGCAGUGGGUUGGCCCUAUGCUAAUCACCGCACAAUUGGUCGGGGUUCACACAAAGGAGCUGUUCAUUUCGCCACCGCAGCAAGAUGGAGACCUUGUCGAAGGGCCAGGUCGCAGUCAAUUUGCGUCAGCGACGUUUGCCGAUCUUGUCGCGAUUGCCCCUUGGUUGGAGCCGACGAAAUGGAUUGAGGGGGCGGGGCUGGGACACAACGACUGA